AUGGGUUCGGCGUCGUCCACCCAAUCCUCGUUAAACAACUUCGUUGGGAUGGGAAGAUUGAAUGAGGAUAUGAAGAUCUAUCAGUUGGUUGAUAUGCAUGGAGGUGGAGAACUUAUUCCCUGGCUCAGAUACGCCAUCAUAAGUAGUGAUACUUCUUUCAUCGACGCUUAUCUUGAGACAAAAGUUAAGGAUUUCUUGUAUAAUGGAGGAAAAGGAAAACUGGUGACAGUUACCGAGUUGGUCAAGUUGAGAAAUAAGGAAAGAAACGAACGUCUUGGAGCAUUUUCUCGAAAGAAGGGAAAAGGAAAAAGUGGACCAAAUGUGUUGGAUGAUUUCAAUCAAGAAGGAGAGAACGUUGGAGAUCUGAAAAAGGCGUUGAAACUUCUUGAUGGAGGAGGAAAAGGUGGAAGAAAUGAGAGUAAAUACAGAGAGAUUUCAUGGAAAUUGGAAGAAAGAGGCUCAAUGGGAGAGACUAUCAUUGGAUGUUGUCUACUCCAUGCUUCUGAACUUCAUAAUGCUCUUGUUAUUAAGAUUCUUGAUUAUUAUCCAAAACUUCUGAAUGAUAUUCAUAUUUCUGAGGACUUUUAUGGAUUGUCUCCUCUUCAUCAGGCAAUUAUUAACACGGACUGCAAGCUGGUUUACAAGUUUUUGAAAUUGGGAGCUGAUGUCAAUGCUAGAUGUUAUGGAUCAUUUUUCUGUGCGGACGAUCAGAAAACGUCGAGAACUGAUUCAUUGGAACAUGAAUAUGUGGAACUUUCAAUCAAAACCAACUAUACAGGUAACAUGUACCUCGGUGAGUAUCCACUUUCGUUUGCUGCUUGCCUGAAUCAGCCAGAAACUUUUCGUCUUCUUCUUGCCUUCAAAGCUAAUCCAAAUGCUCAAGAUACAAAUGGAAACUCAGUUCUCCAUAUGUGUGUAAUUCACGAAAACAUGCAAAUGUUCAAAUUGGCUCUGGAAUGUGGAGCAAGUCUUCGAACUGUCAAUAAACAGAGUCUUUCUCCUUUGACUCUGGCAGCUAAACUUGCGAAAAAAGAGAUGUUCGAUGAGAUUCUGGAACUGGAAGGAGACAGUGUCUGGGCGUAUGGAGAUGCUUCAUCGACUGCUUAUCCGUUGGCUAAAAUUGAUACAAUCAAUGAGACAAGUGGGGAAUUGAAUGAAGCAUCUGCAUUGUCCCUGGUGGUUUAUGGGCAAACCGUGGAGCAUUUGGAACUUCUCGAUGGCCUUCUUGAUACUCUUCUCGAAGCGAAAUGGGAAGCAUUUGCAAAGAGAAACAUGAUAGUCUCAUUCACUGCUUUCACAUUCUAUUACAUCUGUUUUGUGACUGCAUUCACUCUUCGUCCAAUUGGAUUCUCAACUGAAAUGAUAACUGAAGGAUGGAUCAAUCGUUAUUCUGAACCAUUCCCUGGAAGACAUGGAAAGGACGGAGAACCUCAAUUAUCACCUCUGAUUAAUACAACGAAAGGGUUGAAAACGUGGGAAGAAAAGCUUACUCAAUGCCAUCUGCGAGACUACUGGGACCCAGAUAUUCCGUUUGCCAACGCAUAUAUUCGUCUCGUUUUCGAAGUACUCGUUGUAAUUGGACUUGUCAUUCAAAUGUUCCUGGAUUUCCAUGAUAUUAAACGGAUUGGAAGAAAGAAAUGGUGGGCUGUAUUGACUGCUUUCCCUGCUAAAAUCACAUUUAAAGUCACAUAUUUUCUUGUUCUUGCAAUGAUUCCAACCCGUCUUGCGUGUCAAAUCUCUCCGAUUCUUUUGGUUGUUGACAAUGUUCUCAUAACAGUGACAAUGAUAUUCACAACUGUUCAUUAUCUGUAUUACUGUCGUGUCAUUCGAUUCGUCGGACCUUUCGUUUUGAUGGUUUACACUAUUAUUGCAACUGAUAUUUUCCGUUUCAUGCUCAUUUAUGGCAUCUUUCUGAUGGGAUUCUCUCAAGCGUUUUCACUGAUUUUCUUGUCUUGUGAGAGGGAAGCAAAUGUGAUCAAAGAGUUGAUUCAAAAUCAGUCAGUGGCUACUGGUGCAGAGAAAAUCAGGUAUACAGCAAAGAUUGAUGCAUAUGAGACUGCUAUUGUGAAAAACGCUGAAGCCUUCGAGAACGUCAUUCAAUCUCCCAUUGAAGCCUUCGUCCGUACCUUCAUUUUGACAAUUGGAGAAUUUACUGUACUCUACCGUAAUCUGGCUUUAUGUCCCGCGAAUACAAUGGUUUGGAUUGGAAAGGUUGUGUUCAUAACAUUCGAAUUGUUUGUAAGUAUUAUGCAGUUUAAUAUGUUGAUUGCUAUGAUGACACGAACUUAUGAAACUAUCUUCCAAACACAACUGGAAUACAAACGACAGAGAGCCCAAGUCAUUCUCAUGUUAGAAUUGUCAUUGAGUCCAAAAGAACGACAUCAAUAUCUUCUGAAAUACUCUCGACCAACUGGAACAAAUAAGAAAACGAGAAGUUUGGUUGUCAGUAAGAAAUCUUCGUUCAACCGAGAAACAAAACAAGGGCAAAGAGUACUGGAAGAGAAAAUGAAAAAGAUGAUAGAAGAGAAGAAGGCAGUUUUGAAGCGAAAGAUGAAAGAUUUGGAAAUAAAAGAAGGAAUUCGUCCAGUGACUGGAUACAGUCGUACUCCUCGUCCACAUACUCAGUACAUGAAUAGAGGAGCAAAUGGAACUCAAAAUGGAAGUGCUGCGAAUGGAAAUACUAAUUAA